CUCUCCAUCUCCUCACCUAGGUAGCUUCACCACAUUACCUCUGACCCUCCAUCUAUCCAGCAACCUCAUCUCCAAGACCCAAUCCACCAAUACUUAUUACUCUUUCUACCACAGCCUCGCUCCAUCACCCCAUCUCUUCUACACAUAAGAUAACACAACUCAACACCCAUUGGAAUCCCAUCAGACCCACCGAAAGAAUGGUCCCCCCCGUGAACCGCAGAACAACCUACCUCCAAGACCCCUCCACCCCCUUCGACCCCUCUCAAGCCCGUCUCCUCCCCCAGCGCCUGGAGAUCCGGAACUUACACAGCGCCAAGCAAGAACGGUUGACCGUGCCGGUUGAGUUGUUGCUGUCCGGUACUGACGAUGGUGGGUGGGAUGCCGAGGUCCGGGAGUUUUUGGGAACCGGUGUGCAGCGGUUUAGUGUAAGGUGGGCUUCGUUGCGGUCGGGAUCGGGAGCGGGGGAUGCUGCUGCUGGCGCUGGGGGCGCGGUGACGCCGUUUGCGAGUCGGGUUUCUGGGGGGUUGCAUGUUUUUUUGAGGCCCGGUGGGGGCCAGGAGGGGGAGGGGGUCAGGAGGUGGGUUUUUCUUUUGGCUUGUGACGCUGUGUGUCGUGUCCUGAAGAAGGUUUUUGGGUCGGAGGUUGCGAAGUGUGUCGAUUAUGAGAAAUCUUUCACUAGGUCCGAUACAUCGUCCGAAUACCAGUUUUACUCGCCUUUGGCGUCUUUGGAGGGCUUUGUGGAUUUUGUUCGGGAGAAGGGUUGUGCGUUGGAUACAGCAAGAGAAGAGCCGUGUCGUCGCCACGCCCGCGAGUUGCUCGCCGCGGACUCGCUGGAUCUCGCCUACGAUGCUGACUCGCGCAAUCUGGUGGUGUCUGCGAUCUGGGCGGAUGCGCCGGGGGGCGAGGGGUGGACGGAGGAUCUGCACGCACCGGCUGCUGGGUCCAAAGGGAAGAUGGAGGUUGGGUUGCUGGGGGCUGAGAGGACGGCUGACCCGGAGGAGAUCAAGAUGGGUGGGCUGCUGGGGGUGGUCGGGGAGGAUGAGAAGUUGAAGCCGACGCUGUUUUCAUUCGCUUCCAGACACCAUGCUCUCCCUCGGGAUGCGACCUUCUCGGUGGAGUUCCCCCUGCCCACGGGCUUACAUCCUACGAUGGCCAUCUCCCUAUCGCCCGCCGCGCUGCAACCCCCGGACGCAACCUGUGCCCUGCAUACGUAUCUCACGCUGCCGUCCUAUCUAUUCGGCGACAAGUACCAGCUGGGCACCGAGGAUCCGCUGUUCUUGGAUUCGCACCACCUGGUCAAGUUGCUGUCCGUGACGGGCGAGACGGACCUCGAGGCGCCGGACUGGUCCGUGUCGCAGUGGGGGUCGAAUUGGCUGCUCGAGCUGGCAACGCCCCCUGAUGAUCAGUAUCCCGAAGAAUGGAACGUGACCAUCCCGCUUCAUUUGCGGUACUUGGCCCCGUCGGAAAGCGGUUAUCGCUCGGUCGGGGUCCCCUGGCCUGUGGUGUUCUGGGCGUGUGCCGCCAGUGAGGAGGCCAAGAUGCAUUUCAACCCCUUCGAUCGUGUGGACCUCGGGUGGGAGGGGCUUUUUGCGCCCCAAACCAUAUUCUACCAGGUGAAUCCAGCUGCAGAACAGGGUCGGCUGGUCGAGGAGAUCAGCGUGCCCGUGCUAAAGGAGACCGGCUUCUUCAACAGCAAGACCAUCGAACUCGGCACGGUACUCGCCAUCGUCCUGGGUUCGCUCUGGGUGCUGUGGAAACUCGGCGCCGUGAUGCGGACCUCUGGUACUCGCAGAAGCGUAGAGAGCCAGAAGAAGUCCCAGUAAUUCGUUUGCCUUGCAGGAAACCCUAGCGUUCAUCCGAGAGAUUAUAACCGGUUCUAUAUCCAUCAUCGUUUUCAAUCUGAUCGCCUUAUUCUCUGUUCGGAACUCAGCUGGUAGAAACCGACCCGGCCCCGGGAGUCUCCGCCAAGGG